AAACGCCCCCCCGAUCCGAGCCGUCCCGAGCGGUCAGCGACAUGUGCAGGACUCGGCCACCAUGUCCUCCAGCUCCCGGUACUCCACCUUCUCCUUGUGCACCAGCAGCACGCUCAUGGGCAUGUACUUGUAGGGCACGCAGGAGGGCGGGGGCACGUCCCCGAUGCCCAUCUCGUGGACGAGCGUCUGGAUGAUGGCGUGGUUGGGCGAGUGGUAGCCGUAGUCCAGCACGCGGGGGCAGUCGCCCUGGCAGUAGCGGGGGUUGUAGACCGGCGGGGCCAGGAAGUAGUGGCCCCAGCCCAGCUCUGUGAAGGACAGGCGGAAGGAGUGGAGCUUGCAGCGGUUCUUGGGCGCGGCGCUUUUGCGUUUGGCGCCGGGCGCGUCGCGGACGACGGAGGACGAGGGGGACGUGGUGAAGGAGGGGGGGAGGUUUUUCAGCACGCCGGCCGAGGCGCCCGUGGGGUCCGGCGGCGAGCCGUCCAGGGCGGAGCUGCGGCGGUGGCGGACGGCCGGGUGCCACCUGCUGACCCGCCGCAUGAUGCCCUCCCCCUCCACGCCCAGCAAGUACAGGAGGAGAGAGGGGGCUUCCAGGUGGGGGUCCCUGCUCCACUGUCUCCUCCCCCGAUGGGGCGUCCACCACCACCAGGCGCCGCCGGCCUCCUCGGCCAGCCCGGGCUCCGUGCACCAGUACUGGGCGGUGAGGGUCAGGUGGUCCCCCUCCCCCUGACCCUUCCCCUGCAGGAUGUGGGCGCCGAUGUGGGCGGUGAUGUCCGUCUCCAGCCAGCGCUCGUGGGGCUCCAGGGUGACCAGGCUCUCCGCGCCCAGCGAGGUGACCUGGGCCCGGCAGCGGGGGGGCUCCGCGGCCUG